GUGCAGUCUGCGGUAUGCACCAACGAUGACAGCUGGAGAAUGGAGUGGAGGCCUUGGAGCGGCGCCGGAGGCGAUGGAUGGGUCGGCGAGAGGGCUCAGGCUUCGGGGGACACACUCCGAAGCCCUGGGGAGAAGCGGGUUUUCUCCAGGUGUGAAAGACAUAUAACUAUUUUGUCAGACUCUCUAGAAGAAUUACCUGAAACAGAUGAGCCCGUUUGGAUCUUGGGGAAGCAGUAUGACCUUCAAGCAGAAAAAUCCAAGCUGUUGUCUGAUGUUAGCGCUCGUCUCUGGUUUACAUACCGAAGGAAGUUUUCACCAAUAGGAGGAACAGGCCCAUCAUCAGAUGCUGGCUGGGGGUGCAUGCUACGUUGUGGACAAAUGAUGCUGGCCCAGGCUCUGAUCUGCAAGCACCUGGGGCGGGGCCAGGCGCCAGAGCAGAAACAGUGGAUGUUUAGUUUUACUGAGUGA